AUGUCCAUUAUCAUCAUCUCUUGGAGUAUCUCAUGUAUGGUCAGGGAACGGGGCUCACUAACCUUUCUCAAUAACUUCUUCGAUGGACUCAUUGCUGUGCCCCUCGUAAUUUUCAUGUCAAAGUUGGUGGAGGGUCGGAUCCGGGAGCCAAGGGGCUCGCCAUAUGAGUCAACCGGUCAACGAACCAAUGCUCGUCUGUCCAAGCAAGGCUAUCCCACGUCUAUUGUUGCCAUCAGAGCAUACAUGUAUUGUAUCAGCGGAACACAACAGCAGAACGCAAUGAGGGUUGUUAUCCUAAUAUCUUUGGAGCAAGAUAGGUACCUAGUACAACAUGAUUCAAACGCUGGGGAUGGAAGGUACGGUUCAACAGGUACCCCCUCCUCGUCUUCAGAUUGUCAUCAUUUUUACUUGGCGGAAGGAGCCUACCCGACCAAAUUUCGGUGCUUGCAGAAGGCACAAGGAAGAGUGACAAUGACUACAUGCGCUGUCAAUAGAUCGGCCCUCCGAUUUUGUCGUCAGCACCAUUAUCCUCUCGACAACCUCCCCAGUUCCUUGACCUCCUAUCAAAAGGAACUUCCCUAG